AUGGACCCCACCGUUCGCCCAGCCGUCGUCAUCGACAACGGCACUGGGUAUACUAAGAUGGGAUUCGCGGGAAAUGUUGAGCCUUGUUUCAUUCUACCGACAGUAGUUGCAGUGAAUGAGUCGUUUCUCGAUCAAUCUCGGGCUUCCUCCAAGGCGAAUUGGCUCGCCCAGCACAGCGCCGGGGUUUUGGCCGAUCUGGACUUCUUCAUUGGGGAUGAAGCAAUUACCAAAUCGAGGUCUAGUAGCAGUUACAAUCUUAGCUACCCGAUUCAGCAUGGGCAAGUCGAUAAUUGGGAUGCCAUGGAGAGGUAUUGGCAGCAGUCUAUAUUCAAUUACUUGCGGUGUGAUCCGGAGGAUCAUUACUUCCUUUUGACAGAGAGCCCGCUCACGGCACCGGAGAGUAGGGAAUAUGCCGGUGAGAUUAUGUUCGAGACGUUUAACGUCCCUGGCCUUUACAUUGCCGUCAAUUCCGUCCUCGCCUUAGCUGCCGGGUAUACAACAUCUAAGUGCGAGAUGACAGGCGUUGUGGUGGAUGUUGGGGAUGGUGCUAGUCAUGUUGUCCCUGUCGCUGAGGGCUAUGUAAUUGGAAGUAGCAUCAAAUCAAUUCCUAUUGCUGGACGGGACGUUACCCUUUUUGUCCAACAGCUUAUGCGGGAAAGAGGAGAGAAUGUACCGCCUGAGGAUUCAUUUGAUGUAGCUCGGAAAGUCAAAGAAAUGUAUGGCUACACUUGUUCUGGUAUUGUCAAGGAGUUUAACAAGCAUGAUAAAGAACCAUCCAAGUUUAUUAAGCAAUGGAAAGGUAUCAAGCCAAAAACCGGGGCGCCAUACUCAUGUGAUGUAGGCUAUGAGCGUUUCCUUGGACCUGAGAUUUUCUUUAACCCUGAGGUCUACAGCAGUGACUUUACAACUCCUCUACCAGAUGUAAUUGACAAAUGCAUUCAGUCUGCACCAAUCGAUACCAGGAGGGCUUUAUACAAGAAUAUAGUAUUAUCUGGCGGAUCAACCAUGUUCAAGGAUUUCGGUAGAAGGUUGCAACGAGAUCUGAAAAAGAUUGUGGAUGCACGAGUUCAGGCAUCUGAAGCCAUACUUGGUGGUGAUAUUAAAGCUCAGCCAGUGGAAGUAAAUGUUGUCAGCCACCCCAUACAGAGAUAUGCUGUUUGGUUUGGAGGUUCAGUGCUUGCUUCAACUCCUGAAUUUUUUGCGGCUUGCCACACAAAAGCCGAAUAUGAAGAACAUGGAGCAAACAUAUGCCGCACGAAUCCUGUCUUCAAGGGAAUGUAUUAG